AGAAUGCAACAAUUCUAUAACACAUUUUUAGAACUUAAAUGCAAAAGAGAUUUGUAGAAAGUACAUACACAAACUCAAAAACACACACACACACACACUAAGGCCAAAAAAAAAAUGGAGUCAAAUUGGCUUCGCAUUUUUGUCCUCUUGGCUUUUUGCUUCUUUCCAGUUUUCGGCAUUACUCGUCAUUACAAGUUCAAUGUGGUAAUGAGGAACAUGAGUUGUCUAUGUUCAAGCAAGCCUAUUGUCACUGUUAAUGGAAGGUUUCCAGGACCUACAAUUUAUGCUAGAGAAGAUGAUAGAGUACUAAUCAAAGUUGUUAACCAUGUCAAAUAUAAUGUCUCUAUCCAUUGGCAUGGUAUUCGACAACUUAGAACUGGUUGGGCAGAUGGACCAGCAUAUAUCACACAAUGUCCAAUUCAACCAGGGAAAAAUUAUGUAUACAAUUUCACAAUUACUGCCCAAAGGGGUACAUUAUUUUGGCAUGCACAUAUUUUUUGGCUAAGAGCUACAGUCCAUGGUGCAAUUGUCAUUUUGCCUAAACGUGGUGUACCGUAUCCAUUCCCUAAACCUAACCAUGAAGCUGUGGUUGUUUUAGGUGAAUGGUGGAAAUCUGAUACUGAAGCUGUGGUUAAUGAAGCUCUAAAUUCAGGAUUAGCCCCUAAUGUUUCUGAUGCUCACACAAUUAAUGGUCAUCCUGGACCUGUUUCCAAUUGUCCGUCUCAAGGUGGAUACAGAUUAAGUGUUGCUCCUGGAAAAACAUACAUGUUACGAGUGAUCAAUGCAGCACUCAACGAUGAACUUUUUUUCAAAAUUGCUGAUCACAAAAUGACAGUAGUCGAAGUCGAUGCUAGUUACGUUAAACCCUUCAAAACAGACACAAUUUUAAUAUCCCCUGGCCAGACAACAAAUGUCAUACUCACUGCUGAUCAAAAUUUCGGAAAAUACAUGGUGGUUACUUCUCCCUUCAUGGAUUCACCAAUCACGGUCGACAACGUGACAGCUACCGCCACGUUGCAUUACACCGGGGCACUCUCCAGUGCCCCGAUGACCCUCACUAGUGCCCCGCCACAAAACGCGACAUCAGUCGCUAACAACUUUAUCAACUCUCUUAAAAGCCUUAAUUCGAAAAAAUACCCGGCUAAAGUACCGAAAAAAGUAGAUCAUUCGUUACUUUUCACAGUUGGGCUCGGGAUUAACCCGUGCCCAACUUGUAUACUGGCUAAUGGAAGCCGGAUUGUUUCUAGUAUAAAUAAUGUUACGUUCGUUAUGCCAAAGACCGCGCUUUUACAAGCGCAUUUCUUUGGCAUAAAAAACGUUUUCACGAUGGAUUUUCCAGGAAAUCCGCCGUUCGUUUUCAACUAUACGAGUACAUUACCGCCGCCAAGUUUGGCUACGAUGAGCGGAACCAAACUCUACCGUCUGCGUUAUAACGAGACGGUACAGUUGGUUUUGCAGGAUACUGGAAUUAUAGCUCCUGAGAAUCAUCCGAUUCAUUUGCAUGGUUUUAAUUUUUUUGCAGUGGGUAAAGGUUUAGGGAAUUUUAAUCCAAAAACGGAUACGAAGAAUUUUAAUCUUAUGGAUCCUGUUGAAAGGAAUACGAUUGGAGUUCCCUCUGGAGGAUGGGUGGCUAUAAGAUUCCGCGCUGAUAAUCCAGGAGUUUGGUUUAUGCAUUGCCAUCUAGAGAUACACACAACAUGGGGAUUGAAGAUGGCAUUCCUUGUAGAUAAUGGAAAGGGUCCAAAUGAGUCACUUUUGCCACCUCCAAAGGAUCUUCCAAAAUGCUAAAAUAACAAAAAAAAACCUCUAAAGGAGUACAGCAAAAGCUGCACCAUGCAAUGAGGAAAAACAAGAAUAGAGAGUCAACAAACAGUAUAUUCAUUUUCUUGAGUGGAAAAA